AGAGCAGGGAGAGAAGCUGUAACACUUGGCACAUGAUGGACGACCUCUGAGACUCGACAUUUAGCAUAUAGCUAAGUUUAGCCAAGACGAGAGACAAGCGCAUUUGUCCCAGAUAAGUGACUCACAGUGGGCACGAAGGAAGGCUACAGCAAAGCGCCCUGGCAACGCAAGGACCGGAAUCGCAGGGAGGGGGUUUCCGAGGUGCUAGUCGGGUCGGGUUACAUCAAAAAGGUGGUCUGGCUUUCCCGGAUAACCUCUUCUCAACACCCCACCCCCGCCUCUUCUUUCGCCCUGAUCAGUUUGCUUCUUUUUUUUUCUCUCGGGGAUCACUUCAGCUCAAGUCAGCUCUUAGUUCUGGAGUUUGUCUUGAAAGUCGCAGCUGUUGGGUUCACGGCAAAUGCCAAAUAGUUCAUUGCGGUGAUUCCAAUUCUGAGCCUUGUCGGAGUGACGCGCUCCUACACUGCAAUUAAACAUUGUUCAGUGUUUUAUUUCAUUAACUUUUUUGUUGUCUUCUGGUAUCACUACUUCGCUAAGGUUACCAGUACAUUCCACAACGAAUACGUCUUUAUUUAUUACAGCACUGCAAAGCUUUUAUUUUACUGCUGUAUUCAUUUCUCUGCGUUUUACCCUCCGAUGCGGUGAGGCGAUGGGCUGCCUCUGGACUUUGUGGUGCGGGCUUGCGCUGGUUUUUACGCACUGCUGUUAUCCUCCCGCCCUCGCUCUGCCCCGGCUCGGCUCGGACCCCAGCCCGGCUGAAGGUGCUUCUAGCCUGGCUUUCGUGUUCGAUGUGACCGGCUCCAUGUACGAUGAUCUCCAGCAGGUGGUGGAAGGCGCGUCCAGAAUCCUGGAGAAGUCUUUGAGCCGGAGGAGGAGACCCAUUCAGAACUUCGUACUCGUGCCUUUCCACGACCCAGAAAUUGGCCCUGUAUCGAUCACCACGGACCCUGAGCACUUCCAGCGGGACCUGAGGGAGCUGUUUGUGCAGGGAGGUGGGGACUGCCCUGAAAUGAGUCUGGGUGCCAUCAAGAAGGCUCUGGAGGUCUCCUUCCCUGGGUCUUUCAUCUACGUGUUCACUGACGCCCGGGCCAAGGAUUACCGGCUCAAACAGGACGUCCUGCAGCUGGUGCAGCUCAAACAGUCCCAGGUGGUGUUUGUGCUGACGGGAGACUGUGGGGAUCGCUCCCAGCCAGGGUACAAGGCCUAUGAGGAGAUCGCAGCCACCAGCUCGGGACAGAUCUUCCAUCUGGACAAGCAGCAGGUCAACGAGGUGCUCAAGUGGGUUGAAGAGACGGUCCAGUCUUUGAAGGUUCACCUGGUCUCCACUGACCACGAGAGCGGAGAGGAGAACGAGUGGUCAGUGCCCUUCGACCCCAGCCUGAAGGAGGUCACUGUCUCGCUGAGCGGCCCUGAGCCAGAGAUCGAACUUCGGGAUCCCUUCGGCAGGAAGGUUGGGAAGGAGCUUGGCCUGACCGAGCUGCUUAACAUCCCCAACUCGGCUCGUGUGGUCAGUGUGAAACUCCCCCGGCCGGGCACCUGGACACUGAAGGUGCGCUGCAGCGGCCGACACACCCUGCGGGUCACGGGGGUCAGCCCACUGGACUUCAGGGCUGGCUUCUCCAGCCACCCCACCAGAGACUUUGCACAGACCAGAGAGCGGCCCGUUCAAGGUGUCCCCACUCAUGUCCUGCUGAACUGCACUGGUCUGAGCCCCCCGGGUCACGUGUCUCGGGUGGAGCUGCUGUCAGCUUCGGGGCGCUCUCUCCGGGCCCUCUCCGUGCUGCGGCCCUCCGACCAGGGCUCCAGCGGCCUCUGGAAUGUCCCUGAGUUCCGCUCUCCCUCAGAGAGCUUCUUCCUGAAGCUGAACGGGAAGGACAAGGAUGGCUACAGCUUCCAGAGGCUGUCCUCUGUCUCCUACACCAAUAUCAUUCCAAACCCUCCUGCUGUGAGCAUGCCCAGUAGGAUCCAGGGUUACUACCUGCAGCCAGCUGUGAUUGGCUGCUCUGUGGAGAGCUCCGCCCCCUUCAGGCUGCAAGUCACCAGGAGGGGCGGGGCCAGGCUGGGGGAAGAGCAGAUCUUUCAGGGCUCCGUCAACACCACCUGGGAGAUUCCCAGAGUCUCCGGAAAGGAUGCGGGAUUCUAUGAGUGCGUCGCUAGCGGCAACGCCGGAAUGGGCAGAGCUCAGACCUACCUCUCCGUUAGCGAGCCUCCCCCUGCUCUGGAGCUCCCCCGCAAUGUGACAGCUCCCCCUGGUGGCGUGGCGGUGCUGUCGUGCCAGGCGGGUGGCAGCGUGAGUUACAACCUGACGUGGCAGAGGGGAGGGGAGGAGGUGGGAGGCUGGACAGGCAGGGUGAGGAUCUUGAGGAACUCAUCACUAGAGAUUGACCCUGUGACGCCCCGGGAUGCCGGGCAGUACCACUGUGUCGCCAGCAAUGACCAGGGAGAGAGCCGGGCUGCCGUGUGGCUGCUGGUACCAGAGCCCCCUCGUGUGCAGGUCUCCCCCCAGACUCAAACCUUCUUGCGGGGGGGAGAGGUGCAGGUCGCCUGCACCGCAACAGGGUCCCCCACACCCCAAAUCUUCUGGAGACACGGAGACACCUUCCUUACAUACAGCGGGAGAACCUCAGUGUCUGAGCACGGCCUCCUGAUCAUCAAAGACGCAGCACCAGAGCAUGCUGGGAGCUACACCUGCCUGGCGUCCAAUGAUGUUGGAACUGACAUGCAGAGUGCCACGCUCAGCUACACCGAGACCCCCUCUAUCACAGUGCUGAACCGCACAGUGCUGGUGGCCGCCGGAGAAGAAGUCAUCUUGGAAUGCAAGGCCACGGGAGUCCCGCCCCCACUGGUCACAUGGUACAAAGGGGACCUACUGGUGGGAACCCUGCCCCUGGUGGAAGAGGAUGCCCGGCGUGGGAUCCUGCGGAUCGGGGGGGUGCAGGAGAAGGAUGCGGGGGAGUACAGCUGCGUGGCCAGCAGCCAGGCUGGCACCUCCUCUGCCAUGGUCGUUUUGGAUGUGGGUGCCCCCCCUGAGUUCUCGGAGACCCCCGCUGACGUCACGGCGGAGCUGGGGCAGAACGUGACGCUGGCGUGCUCCGCGCGGGGGUACCCGUCUCCGCGGGUCACAUGGCAGCGGCAGGAUGGCCAGCCUCUUUUCGUCAAACCAGACUCGCUCAGCAACGUGUUCCAGCUGGAGACGGGAGCCCUCCUCAUCGAGGGUUUGUGGCUGGACGACGAGGGUCUGUAUGUGUGUGAGGCUCAGAACCAGUUUGGGCUGAUCCGCACCGAGGUCCGGAUCACUGUCACUGGGCUUGAGCCCCCCCUGCUGGCUGAGGUUGCCCCGGUGAUCAGCACCCUGAUUGGCCACUCCCUGACCCUCCCCUGCGUGCUAUUGGAUGGCAACCCGCCACCCGAGAGACACUGGACCCACAACAGACAGACUGUGAGCGCCAGGAUCUCGCUGCAGAGCGAUGGCAGCCUCUAUAUUGACAAGGUGUCUCAGGAGGACACUGGGAUAUUCGUAUGCAGGGCUGUGAACCUGGCCGGUUCGGCCAGUGUCUCCAUCACUGUCAGCAUCGCCGCGGCACCAACUAUUAGCUCUGGCCCCUCCCACUACAUCACCAACGAGGGCGUGGCUGUUACCUUGUCUUGUGACUCCACCGGGGAGCCUAAACCAACCACUGUCUGGUCAAAGGGCAGGGAGGCGAUUCCCCGGCACAGCUCGCGGUACCACGCGGGUGCCAACGGGAGUCUUCUGAUCCCCAGUCCGGGCGCGGAAGACUCCGGUGUCUACGUGUGCACCACUACCAAUCCGGCGGGGUACGCCAGCAGGGAGAUGCAGCUCAGCGUGAACACCAAACCCAGGAUUGGAGGAGGGAGGAACCUGACCGAGCCAAUCAGAAUCGCAGCAGUGGUGGGGUCAGAGGUGACGCUUCCUUGUGAGGUGCAGGGAAGCCCCACCCCCUCAGUGACCUGGAGCCGAGACGGAUACCCCGUUCCGCCAAUCACAGCACGGUUCACUGUCCUGUCCUCUGGGUCUCUGAGGGUCAGUGAUUCCAGAGUGACCGACAGCGCUGAGUAUAAAUGCUCUGCGCUCAACCCUGCCGGGAAGACCAGCCUCACCUACAGACUGCAUGUUCGAGUUCCGCCCAGAAUCCAGCCAGUGCCCCGCCUCCUGAAGGCUGUGAUUGGUCAGAAGUUCACUCUGCCAUGUAAGGCCUAUGGAGAGCCCGCCCCUCAGAUCAGCUGGUUCCGGAACGGGGCCCCCGUGGGGGAGGGGGGGUCCCUGAUUAUCAGAGAAGUCGUGCGCUCGAGCGCAGGGGAAUAUCGCUGUGUGGCGCUCAAUAGCGCCGGACAGGAGGUCCUGGAGGUGACACUGGAGGUCUUGGAGCCCCCGUCCUUUGCCGAUGCUGGUGAUGUCAUCGUAGAGGAGCUGGCGAAGAACAGGGUGACUCUCCCCUGUCCUGUGCAAGGUUCACCCACCCCUGCAGUGCGCUGGUUUAAAAACGGACUGGAGCUCUCCGACAGCCAAUCAGGACUCUCCACUCGGGAGGACGGAUCCCUCGUGAUUGGCUCAGCCAAGACCAGUCACAGCGGAGAGUACAAAUGCAUAGCAACCAAUGAGGCAGGGUCUGCUGAGAGGAGAAGCAGGCUGAGUGUGAACGUCCCCCCAGAGAUCCAGGAGGAUGGGCAGCCCUUGAACCGGACCGCCUCCCUCCACCAGUCCCUGACCCUGGGCUGCGAGGCCUCGGGGACCCCUUCCCCAGACAUCACCUGGCUCAAGGACGGCCAAGCAAUUCCGGACUCCUCUGGGAUUUGGAUACGGAAUGGGGGUGGGACUCUCCGAAUCCUCAGGGUCCGAUUGGAAGACGUGGGGCAGUACUCCUGCAGAGCUGCCAGCAAGGCCGGGGAAGCAGAGAGGCGCUUCCACGUGAGGGUGCAAGCUCCUCCGGUGAUCUCCAGGACGGGAGGCACUCAGGAUUUGUCUGUGACAAUCGGCCAGGAAGUGGAGUUCCACUGUAGGGUCAGCGGGCAUCCCCUUCCCCUCAUCGAGUGGAGCAAGGAUGGAGAGGUGCUGUCCAGCCAGGGUGACCCCCACGUGCUGUUCUCCGAGCAGGGUCAGGUGAUGAAGGUGAAAUCGGCCCGACUGAGGGACCAGGGCCAGUACCAGUGUCUGGCCAUCAACGCGGCUGGAAGGCAGGCCAGGGACUUCAGACUCACUGUGCACGCCCCUCCCAGUAUCCGCGGAGACGGAGAGAGGUCAGAGGUGUCGGCGGUGCAGGGCAAUCCCACAGUCCUCUCCUGCGAGGCCCAGGGAAUGCCCGCCCCCAGCAUCACCUGGCUGAAGGAGGGCCGUCCAAUCGCGUCGAACGCUCGGGUGAGCUACGGUGACGGGGGGCGGGCUCUGCUGCUGGGUGCUGUCCGGGGCGACGACGCAGGACUCUACACCUGCCGCGCCUCCAACUCCGCGGGGUCCUCUGAGAGGAGCUACUCACUGAGGGUGCUGGUCCCUCCCCAGAUCGAGGGGGACGAGUCGGGGGAGCUGGGUCUCGGUUCCAGGGAGGUGAAGGUGCUGAUCCAUUCCUCGCUCUCCCUGUCCUGCCAGUCCAGAGCCUUCCCAGCGCCCACCACGCAGUGGUACAAGGAGGGCCAGCGCGUGCAGAGCGCCCCCGGUGUUCAUAUCGAGGAUGACGGGCGGUCCUUGAGGAUGGAGAACGCACGGCUCUCUGAUGAGGGGCGCUACACCUGCGUGGCGACCAACGCGGCGGGGGAGGACAGGAGGGACUUCCACGUCAGCAUUCAAGUGCCCCCGGUGUUCCAGCGGGUGAACGGCAGGCCGGCAGCCUGGGAGCUGGGAGAGCAGGAGGAGGAGGAGGAGGGGGAGAAGGGGGAGGAGGAGAUGACAGAUCUGCGCGAGGUGGUGCUCAGCAGCCCGGUGUCCCUGUCCUGCGAGAGCAACGCCAUCCCUCCACCGCGCCUGAGCUGGCACCACGACGGCAAGGAGCUCUCCAACACCGACCGCGUGCGGCUGCUGCCGGGGGGGCACGUCCUGCAGAUCCCCAGCGUGCGAGUGGAGGACGCUGGCAGAUACACGUGCCAGGCGGUGAACGAGGCCGGCGAGGACAGGAUGCACUAUGAGCUGGUGGUGCUGGUGCCCCCGGUGAUCCACGACGAGGCGGGGGAGUUUGUGGAGGAGGUAGGGGUCGUCGUGAACAGCACUGCCCAGCUGAGGUGCAGGGUCUCCGGGAGCCCAGCGCCGGCGAUCUCCUGGCUCAAGGAUGGCCUGCCUCUCUACAACAGCCCCAGACACCAGAUCCUGGAGGAGGGCAUGCUGCUUCAGAUAACCGGAGUGCAGCUGGCUGACACGGCUGCAUACGUGUGUCUGGCAGAAAACAAGGUGGGCUCCGAGGAGAGGCUGUACAGCAUGACGGUGCAAGUUCCGCCGUGGAUCGUGGGAUUGAACCCGGAUAAAGCCAGUGUUCUGGAGGGUCACAUGGUCUCUCUGAUGUGUGAUGUACAGGCGUACCCCUCCCCCGAGAUCACAUGGUCCAGAGAAGGGCGCCCCCUGGAGUUCAGCGCGGGCAUGCACAUCCUACCAGGUGGUCAGAUGCUCCAGAUCUCCAGAGCAAGGCUCUCCGAUGCGGGCUGGUACGACUGCACCGCGAUAAACCCGGCGGGACAAGACCAGAAACACAUCGAGCUCAGCGUUUACGCCCCGCCCACCCUGAAACCCCGCCCCAGCCCUGAGCAGGACGUUCUGAAUCCCAGUGCCGGAGCCUCGAUCACCCUACACUGUGAAGCAGAGGGUGUGCCCGAACCCGAAGUCACUUGGUACAAGAACGGGCUCCAACUGGAGCCAGGGAAUGGGCUGCAUACAUCACAGCACGGGCUAGAGAUCCAGGAAGUGCAGGUUGUGGACAGUGGACUCUACACCUGCAAGGUCUCCAAUCUCGCUGGACAAGUGGACAGGACCUUCCGGCUGACCGUGCGCGUCCCUCCUGCCGUCGACGAGCCCUUCCAGCAGAGCCUUAAUCGAACCCUGGGCACUCCCGUCACCCUCCUCUGCGAGGCCACAGGGGUCCCGCCCCCCAGCAUCACCUGGCUGAAGGAUGGCGCCCCCAUUGAGAGCAAUGUGGAGUGGCGCGGGAUGUCUGGGGGCAGCCAGCUGGAGCUGGGCCCUGUGCAGCUCUCCCACGCUGGCACCUACACCUGCCUGGCCAGGAACGCGGAGGGAGAGGCACGGCGGCGCUACACUCUCGCUGUGCAAGUGCCCCCCAGCAUCAUGGGCUCCAGCCUGGCCACAGAUCUCAGCGCGGCAGCCAGCAAGGAUGUGACCUUGGAGUGCCUGGUGAGGGGCUCCCCCAAACCAGAAGUGACCUGGCUGAAAGAUGGGGCUCCCCUGGAUCUGACUGACCCCCAGCACCUCCAGCUGUCCCAGGAUGGGGGCUCACUCAGGAUCCUGGAUCUCCGUCCUGCAGACUCCGGGAUGUACAGCUGCCUGGCUGAGAACAGCGCUGGCCAGGAGACCAAGAUCUACACCCUCACUGUGCUGGUGCCCCCUUCAGUGGGCAGUGUCCCUGCAGAACCAGCAGAGGUUACCGCAGUCCAGGGUGGAUCGGUCAGCCUCGAGUGCCGGGCCACAGGGACCCCCCUUCCACAGAUCAGCUGGCUGAAGAACGGGCUGCCCCUGCACCUCUCCCCCCGGACACAGCUCCUCUCUGCGGGCACGCUUCUCAGGCUCUCCCAGGCUCAGAUCUCUGACUCGGGGGUCUACACCUGUGUGGCGAGGAGCCGGGCUGGGGCAGCAGAGCUCAGCUACAGCCUGCAGGUGCAAGUCCCCCCCACAGUGGAGCACACAGAGCCCCCGGAGCAGGUGACGGUGGUGAGUGGCUCUUCGGUGACGUUUACCUGCGAGGCCCGCGGCGUGCCCCCGCCCAGUCUGUCCUGGUUCAAGGACAGCCAGUCCCUGUCUCUGCACCGGAACCUGAUCUCCGACGGGCACGAGACCCGGCUGCACCUCUCCGCGGUCUCCCUGCCGGACUCCGGGCUGUACGCCUGCAUCGCUGCCAACCAGGCGGGCCGCAGCACCAAGCAUUUCAAUCUCACUGUGCUGGAACCUCCCAAGAUCUCCCCCAGUGGCUCUCCACAAGAAGUGUCCGUCGCCCUCCACAGCCCCCUGGAGCUGGAGUGCACCGCCAUCGGAACCCCGCCUGCCCGAAUUAGCUGGCUGAAAGACGGGAGCCGCCUGGAGCGAGACGGGGUCCUCCACAGACAGGGGGAGCUGCUGAGGAUCCAGAGGGUGCAGGUUGAGGACGCCGGUCUCUACACCUGUCUGGCCAGCAGCGAAGCUGGGGAGGAUGGGAGAAACCACUGGGUCCAAAUUCAAGUUCCUCCUAAUAUCCUGGGCUCCAGUGAUUCCAACUCCAUCACUGCGCUGGCAAACGGACAGCUUACCCUGGAGUGCCAGUCUGACACUGAUCCCUCACCAGCCAUUCAGUGGUUUAAGGAUGAUAUCGCCCUGCAGAUGGACGCUCGUGUCCAAAGCCUUGCGGGCGGUCAGUUUCUGGAGAUCCAGGAGGUCAGUCCCUCGGACAGCGGUCAGUACAGCUGCGUGGCCACCAACAUCGCGGGGAGCAGCAGCCUGGUGUUCCUCGUCUCUGUGCACGUUGCACCGGUGAUAAAGGCUGGCUCCUCAUUGGUCGUGGUGAAUGUCAAUCAGCCAGCUCUGCUACCCUGUGAGGUGGAAGGAUCUCCCUCCCCCACGGUCACAUGGAGGAAAGAUGGCAGCCCGAUAUCCCAUGAGCACAGGUUUGAGUUCCUGUCCGAUGGCUCUUUGCGAAUCCGGGCAGUGCAGAUCUCAGAUGCAGGGAGAUAUCACUGCACAGCUUCCAAUCCAGCUGGCUCGGAAGAUCGCGGGAUUGAUCUGGUGGUUCAUGUUGCUCCCUCGAUCCAUGCCGGACCGGUCAAUGUGACCGUGACGGCCAGUGUCCGGGCGUCCCUCAACUGUGAGACCACCGGCAUCCCCCGACCCCAGAUCACCUGGACGAAGAAUGGGGUACCCCUGAACUUUGACCUCCAGUGGAGUGCGUACAGGCUUCUGUCCUCAGGCUCCCUGGUCAUUACCUCUCCGACCAAUCAGGAUGCGGGUCAGUUUGAGUGCACGGCAACCAAUGAGGCUGGAGAGGAGCGCAGGGUGAUCAAGGUCACAGUCCAAGUCCCUCCGUCCAUCGUGGACGACUCCUCUGACGUCACGGUCACUGCGAUGUCCCCCGCCGUCCUCUCCUGCCACGCCACUGGCCAGCCGGAGCCCGAGGUCAGCUGGACAAAGGGUGGAGCCAAGCUGGGCAACAGAGGGGGCAGCUACAGGGUCCUGCCCACAGGGACUCUCGAAAUCACUGCUGCUGUCCCGAGCCAUGCUGGGAGAUACACGUGCUUCGCUCGCAACGUGGCUGGCAUGGCUUAUAAACACAUGACGCUCGCCGUCCAGGAGCCCCCAGUGGUGAGGCCGAUGGCGGAGGCCGUGGAGGUGGUGUUGCAUCAUGGGAUUGUUCUUCCCUGCGAGGUGGGGGGCUUCCCCCGGCCCUCCAUCACCUGGCAACGAGAGGGCGUCCCCGUGGCAACGGGAUCUAGGCUGACGGUACGCCCCGGUGGAGCCCUGCAGUUCUCCCGGGUGACAGCAGGGGAUGCUGGUGUCUACCUGUGUGUGGCUCAGAAUGAAGCGGGAACGGCUCUGGGCAAGACCCAGCUUAUUGUGCAAGUCCCUCCUGUCCUGAAAGCCCCCUCCCUGGAGCGCACGGUGAUCCUUGGACAGCCGGCCACGCUGGCCUGUGAGGCAGAGGGUCAGCCCCGGCCGGAGGUCAGCUGGCUGAAGGACGGGCGCCCCGUCGUGGGCAGUGCCCGGCUCAGGCUCUUCUCUAACGGGACGCUCCAGAUCGAUCAGAGCGAGCGCCAGGAUGCGGGGAGGUACACCUGCAGUGCCAGGAACCCUGCCGGCAGCGCCAGCCUGGAGCUCAGACUCACUGUACACCAGCCCCCAGUCCUGGACGGGACGUCCCAUGCCACACUGACGGAGCCCCAGGGAGGGACAAGCAUGCUGAACUGUGCGGUGCGAGGAGACCCCGUCCCCACACUGCGCUGGCACAAAGACGGGCAACCGCUGAGCAGCGCCCAUCGGCUACAGCAGCUGCGCAACGGCUCCCUGGCCAUCUACAACACUGGGAGCGUGGACGCAGGAGAGUACCGGUGUGUUGCAGAAAGCGAGGCAGGGGUGGUGGAGAGGACAGUCACACUGACCGUGCAGGUUCCUGGAGGUUAUUCUAAUUGGAUGGAAUGGGGCCCAUGCAGUGUCACCUGCGGACGGGGGGUCCAGGAGCGAAUCAGAUUGUGCAACAACCCUGCGCCAGGCAAUGGGGGCGGGCCGUGUGAAGGGCGGGACAGGGACUCGAGGAGCUGCCAGACUGCACGCUGCCCUGACGCCGUUCCCCUGAGAGCGAGAGGCAGUGUGAUCGGCAUGAUCAACGAGAGAGAGUUCGGGGUGGCGUUCCUCGAUGCCAAUGUCACAGAGAGCGAGGAGGAGGGGAGCAGCACUGUGCGGGCAAGCAUUGAGAACAUCCCCCAUACCGUAGGCCCCCUGAUGCGAUUGCUGGUCACUGUGUUCGCCCCUAUCUACUGGACCACGGCCUUUCAGACUGGGACGUCCAGAAACGGCUUCUCCCUGACCCAAGGAGUGUUCCGGCAGGAGUCCCAGGUAGAGUUUGGGACAGGUGAAGUCCUGAGGCUGACCCACGUGGCCCGAGGGCUGGACGCCGAGGGCGUGCUUCUGGUGGACAUUGUCAUGAAUGGCUUCAUCCCUAAAACCAUGGCCGGAGCCCAGCUAGCCCUGCAGGACUUCAAUGAGUCGUACACCCAGACCGGUGAGGGGCAGCUGUACGGCUGGUCCUCACAGCGCCUCCUGGUGGACGGGGCCCCUCUGCCGCUGCGCUGUAACCACACCGUGGUGUUCGAGGGGGGCCGGGGACCCCUGCUGCAGCUCCUGAGAGUCCACAGCUUCACAGGGAGAUACCGACACCGCAGCCAGGAGAUGAGCUUCCAGUUCAGCACCUCCCUGCGCACAGACGGCAGUGGAGAUAGAUGCCCUGGGGGCUUUGUGCUUGAUUCAGCUUCCUACUGUGCAGAUGAGAAUGAGUGUGCCCUGGAGUCCCCCUGCUCCCAUUCCUGCCACAACUUCAUGGGAGGCUUCUCCUGCGCCUGUCCCAGCGGCUUCCACCUCGCACCCGACACCAGCACCUGUCAAGAUACGGACGAGUGUUCCCAGGGCAUACACAUGUGCCACUACAACCAGCAGUGUGUCAACACUCCUGGGACCUACCGCUGCCUUGUGCAGUGCGGACCCGGGUUCAAACCCAACCCCCAGGGGAACGGCUGUGAAGAUCUUAAUGAGUGCGAGGAGUCGAUCGUCUCGCCCUGCCAGCAGCGAUGUCUCAACACUGCGGGCUCCUUCCACUGCGCCUGUGAGGUUGGGUACCGGCUGGCUGGCAAGCGCUGCGAGGAUAUCAAUGAGUGCACCAUGAACAUGUGCCCAGCUCACCAGCAGUGCAGGAACACAGACGGGAGCUACAAGUGCCUUGACAGCUGCCCGGCUGGGAUGACUCAAGCUGGGAACGGAGCCUGCAUGGAUGUGGACGAGUGCGAGGAUGGCACCCACACGUGUCGCUACAGCCAGGUGUGUGAGAACACGAUUGGAGGAUACCGCUGCAGCUGCCCCCGGGGUUACAGGUCGCAGGGCGCCGGGCGACCCUGUGUCGACAUUGACGAGUGUCAGCAGGUGCCCAGGCCGUGUGCUUUCCAGUGCCGAAACGUGGCGGGCAGCUUCCGAUGCCUGUGUCCCUCUGGCGCCGCCCUGCUGGGGGACGGGCGGUCCUGCGCCGGGCUGGAGAGAGCGCGGAUCUCCCUCAACGCCACGGGCGUCCUGGCCAGGCUGCGGCCCCAGCUGGUCUCCUCACAAGGCGGGCCCUUCUUCACCAGAGUACCCUUCCAGCCCCCCGACGGUGUGGCCCCAGCCCAGGGAGGCAGGACGGCCUGCCCGCGGGGCUACGUGCAUAGGGGGGGCUCCUGCGUUGAUGUGGAUGAGUGUUUGCAGAGGAAGCUGUGCCAACAUGACUGCAGAAACACGCAGGGCAGCUACCAGUGCAUGUGCCCAUCGGGGUACCAGCUUCUACCCAACGGCAGGAACUGCAAAGACGUGGACGAGUGCGUGGAACAGGGGGUGACCUGCGCCCCCAGCCAGAUGUGCUUCAACACCCGCGGGGGUCACCAGUGCCUGGAUACACCCUGCCCGGCCAGCUACCAGAGAGGAGUGAGCCCAGGGUCGUGUAUCAGGAGCUGCUCCCUGGACUGUAGCCAUGGCGGCCCCCUCUCUCUGCAGUACAAGCUGCUGACCCUCCCCCUGGGUAUCCCAGCCAAUCACAACGUGAUCCGCCUCUCUGCGUUCUCCGACUCGGGCGUGCUGCAGGAGCACACGGUGUUCCGCGUGCUGGAGCAGGCGGGGGGGCAGCUGUUCGGAAUCCGCGAGGAGGGGGGCCGCGGGAUUAUCUACACCCUCCGAGCCCUGCAGCGCGGGGGGCUGUCCCAGCUCCGGGUGCAGGCCACCACGCACACCCCCGAGGGGCAGGUCAAGUACCAGAGCAUCUUCAUCAUCUACAUCGCCAUCUCGCACUACCCCUUCUGAGCCAGGCAUUGACCGAUCAGGAGCUGACCACAGCCGUGUCUAGCCACACAGCAGGCAGGCCCAGCCAAAUACUGCUGUGCAGAGGUGGCUAAAAUGUUAUGCAAGGAUAUAAAUAAGACUCCUGCUGCAUAGCGGCUUCACCCAUUCCAGGUUUUACUGCAAGCUUGAUUAGCGCCAAUGCAUAG